UACAACUACGUUGAUGACGGAAGGGUGUGAUUACAUACAUUAUUACAUUGAUUACAUGAGGUGUGCCCAUGUACACCGGCAGAAAGUCUCUUGAUGUUCUGCGGAUCGAAACCGCCAGUGACAAGCUUCUGGAACUGUUGAUCAUUAGGAAGCGGGGAAUCAAAAUUCAUUUCAGACAGCAGAUUGUACUCAAACCUCGAUGGCUGAAAAAGCUACUCUUUCACGCAGCAGUCGUCGCAAAUCUAGCAGAAGAUGCUGAUCACUGCUUGAAUGAUUGACAUCUAGAGUACAGAGAAGUCUUAGAUUGGCAUCUAAGACUAUGGGCCAGAUUGGCAAACAAGGAUCCACCCUCUAAUUACUUCAAAGGAUUCUGAGCCUCAUGAGGUUCUUGGCCGCAAGAUUGACAGGAAAUUUUGGGUUCAAAUGGCCUGUGUUUGCAUAGGCGUGGCUAUGCCGGAGCGAAGUGUGUACAUCACACCCCAAUUGUUUCGGCUUAAAUGAUGGAUUAUGAAAUCCUCCAACAUACUCGAUCUCCAGGUGUCUGAUCACCUGGUAUAUUGAUCAUAUCUUUUCAUAGUGGGAGCGGCUACAUUGUCGCAAGAUGGUGGCGAGCGAGGGUUUUCAGAGCCGUAUUGAGAUCCAUUUGCGAAUGCGCCCCGUAAAUGGAGUGGCUGUAGCCGAUUAUGGGCUGGAUCAUGAAGAAGGUACAGUCGAGUGGGUUAUACCUCGUCAAGCAGCAGCAGGAAUGCACAAUCAUCAACGUGAAAAAUACAGCUUUUCCUUCACUGGAAUCUUGGGCACGGAGUCCAAACAGGACGAAGUUUUUGAUUCCGUAGCAAAGAAGGUUGUUAUGGGAGCUUUGGAUGGAUACAAUGGAACUAUUUUCGCUUAUGGUCAAACAGGAUCGGGCAAAACCUACACAAUUACAGGAGGCACCGAGCGCUAUGUAGACCGAGGACUUAUUCCUCGAGCUCUAUCACUUACUUUCAGCGAAGUUGCGAAACGUAGUGAGUACACAUAUCAGCUGCACUUCUCAUAUAUGGAAAUCUACAACGAAACGGGCUACGACCUCUUAAAUCCAGACCAUGAAACCAAAUCCCUUGAAGAUCUUCCGAAGCACUGGGCAUGGCUUCGUGACUCUAACAAAGACAAGGCUACUUGACGGGUCAUGUGAAGGUAACAAUGCUGGAAGACGAAGAUAACUGUUUUCAUCUCAAAAAUCUCUCACAGCAUCUUGCAACAAAUGAAGAAGAGGCCUUGAACCUGCUUUUUGUGGGUGACACAAAUAGAAUGAUAAGCGCCACUCCCAUGAAUCUGGCAAGUAGCAGGUCUCACUGUAUAUUUACUGUAACAGUUGAAGCUAGGAAGGCUGGCGAAGACACUGUUCGCAAAUCCAAGCUUCAUCUGGUUGAUCUGGCCGGAUCUGAGCGUGUUUGGAAGAAGGGCAUCGAUGGCCAAAUUCUAAAAGAGGCUAAGUACAUCAACCUAUCUCUGCAUUAUCUUGAACAGGUUAUUAUUGCCUUGCAGGAGAGAAGCCAGGGAAAGCCGAGGCAUCAUAUUCCUUAUCGAAACUCCAUGAUGACAUCAGUGCUGCGAGAUUCUCUAGGUGGAAACUGCUUGACGGUUAUGAUAGCUACUGUCACAGUAGCACAAGAGCAGUUGGAAGAAACAAUCUCAACCUGCCGCUUCGCACAGCGUGUUGCUUUGGUGUCAAACCAAGUCAUGCUAAAUGAAGAAGUUGAUCCGAGUAUGGUUAUCAAGCGCCUCAAGCAAGAGAUCAAAGACUUGAAGGAAGAACUUCACCUUCUUCGCGGAGGUGAGGAGAGAGGCCCAUUGACUGCAGCUGAAAUGAGCAUCCUUAAGUCUCAAAUUAGCUGUUAUAUUGCUGACAAAUCGGAUGAUGCAACAUUGAAUUGUGGAGGAACAAUGUUGCAAAUUCGAGCCGCAUUUCAAUUGUUUAAGCAGAUGUUUCUCGAAACUAGCGGAAGAAAGAAUUCAGUUGUGGAUCAACAGCAGACCGAUGUGUCAACUGGCAUCCUAGUCACCAAGAACACAGAAUCGAAGAGUACUUCAACACUUCAAGAAACCAUCAGUAACUUGAAUCACCAGCUUCAACAACGAGACAAUGAAAUCAAUAUACUAGUGUCAUUCAUACGUAAGCGAGAAAAGGCCACAUUGAAGAAAACUAUGUCAACGCAAGCGCCAGAGAUAUCAGAUAUUGGAGACCAGUGUGCUUCAUCUGAAGACAAAGGAACAUAUUAUUGUGCUGGUCCAGUUUCCAAGGACGUUGAAAUGGGCAUCUCGAGAUUAGAUGAUGGGGAUAGAGACCAGAACUUAGAGCAGUCUCUUUCUGCACUGAAUUGCCAAGGGGAACGAUUGAAAGCUUUUGAGGUUUUUAAGGCCAGCUACCCUAGUUGGGAUGCCAUUGAAGAGAAUAAAAAAAUCCUGAAAGAAAAGUAUUCGAAAGCGAAGUCGUUGGGAGAGAAAGUUAACAAAGCCCGUGAGAGAAUCAAUCUUAUGAAGUCACAAAUUGAAAAGAUCAGAGUAGAGAAAGCUUUGCAGAGUCUAACGCAAGGAGUCCAAACUCUGGACUGUGAAGAUGAUUCAGCUGAAGAAAAUUUAAUUUGCACCAUCGAGAAAGAGAAGAGGGUAUACAAAGACAACUUCAACGAUCUCAGAGACCUUAAGAAGGAGAUUGAACACCUUCACAUCAUCUUACAGCAAAACCGAAUUCGACUUCAGAAUGAUUUUGAAAAGUGGCUGAACCCUUCACCCAGACAAGUAUUCCAGCCCAGCCAGAGCACAUCGGACGUACAGUUUAGAAGCUGGAUUAACGGACUGAUGCAGAACCAAUCAUCCCAGCUCCCGCAGCUGCCAUCCACGCCAGAUUCAGUCUCCAGAACUUCGAAAGUUUUGAGUAUGGCUGCUACGAAGGAUUCACGAACGACAGAGCAGUUGAUUUCAACGAGUUCUAAAGGUCAAGAAAUUCAAGACAAAGGUAGGACCCAUCGUGCACCCACACCACAGUCAACCAGAAGCAGCACCUGUGGAGUGCUAGAAGAGGAGACACCCAUACAGCUUACGGGCGAUGUAGACACUGAUGCUGAUAUUCUGGCAUUCUAUCAAGCUCGCGCGGACAUUCUUUCGGGGAAUUCUCGAUAGAAACUCGACAGUGACAGUGAGCAUUAAACGUC